CUACAACGCUUAGUUUUAACAGCGCACAAGUGAAGGAGAGAGAGUCUGGCUCGAACAAACAGCGUCCUGUCCAAAACAAACUCAAUAUUCCGUCCCUAUUGGGUGGCCGGUGUUUAAUCCCCAUUUUCACUUCAUUUAAAACACAGCAACACGACACGGUUGUUUUUCUGUUGCCAAACCCUGCCUCGUUGCGCAGUGUUUGUGAACUCAUUUCAUAACUCUGCUAGUCUGACUUCCUGCAGUUUUAAGUUCCGUUUCUCUUGCCUGAUGGACAGCAGCGAUGGCGACAGCGGCAUCUCCAAAGGAGAAGUUCUCCUGCUCCGUGUGUCUGGACCUCUUCACCGAGCCCGCAACCAUUCCGUGCGGACACAGCUUCUGCCUGGACUGUAUCGGGAGCUACUGGGACCAGAGUGACCAAACCGGCGUGUACAGCUGCCCCCAGUGCCGGGAGACUUUCACUCCCAGGCCCGUUCUGCGCAAAAACAACGUCAUCAUCGAACUGGUGGAGGAAUUGAAGAAAAUGAGAAGACUCGACUCGAAAAGGUAUGUACUUAAUAUUGCAUCGCUGUGUAUCUGUUUCUGCCCAUCUUGUUCUGUGCAGAAGGAGCUGGGGGAGAGACAGGUGGAAAUAGAAAAUCUCAUUGAGGAGAGACUGAAAGGGCUGGAGAGACUGAAUCAGGCUGUGGAGUCUCUCAGGCUCUCAGCACACAAGGAAAGGGCUGAAAGCGAGCAGGUCCUGUCUGAGCUGAUCCGCUCCAUUGAGAGAAUCAGGACGGAGAUGGGAGAGCUGAUUGGAGCUAAAGAGAAGGCUGCAGUGAGUCGGGCCAAUGAGCAAAGGGAACAACUGGAGCAGGAGAUCCAGGAGCUUAGAAAGAAGAAGGCUGAGAUGGAGCAGCUUUCUGAGACAGAGGAUCACAUCCACUUUCUGCAGAGUUUCCAGUCUGUCUGCGCCCCUCCUACUGCUCAGCAGCUCUUUGAUAACAUAGAUGACUCUUUCUGGACUCUGAGGGAAGCUGUGUCUCGACUCAAAGACCACCUUGAGGUAUUCUGGAAGGUGGAGUUGAUGAAAGCAACUAUAGCAGUUGACGUGACUCUGGACCAUGAUACAGCACACUCCUAUCUCAUCCUGUCUGAGGAUGGAAAACAAGUCAGAUGUGGAGAUAAACCACAGCCUCUCCCUGACAAUCCAAAGAGAUUUGAUAAGAAGAGUUAUGUCUUGGGCAGGGAGGGAUUCACCUCAGGGAGACACUACUGGGAGGUGGAGGUGGGGGAGAAGAUACGCUGGGUACUAGGAGUCACCAGAGAGUCUUCUCAGAGGAAGGGGGGCAUCACUGAGAAACCCCAGCAGGGAUUCUGGGUUAUUUGGUGGAAUGAAGAAAAUAAUCUGUUCAGUGCCGUCAGGGCCCCCCGGACCCCCCUCCCCCUGAGCCCGAAGCCCCGGAAGCUGGGGGUGUAUCUGGAUUAUGAGGGAGGGCAUCUCUCCUUUUUCAAUGUGGAGACCAGAUCUCACAUCUACACUUUCACUGACACCUUCACUGAGAAACUCUAUCCAUUGUUUUCUCCUGGUCUUUAUUCCUCUGGUAAGAACGCAGCUCCACUGAUCAUCUGCCCGCAUACCUACACAGAUUAAUACAGAUUACUAGCACGAGGAACAUGGUCACAGGCUCCCCUUUUCUUGUGUUGAAGAGAUUUUGGUCCCUUGUUUUUAUCCUUUUAUUUUGAGAAAUGCAAAUAUUUUAAAGAAAAAAUACAGUAGCUAAAUCUAAUCGGUGGGAAGGUAAUAUUUUAAAGCCUUAUUUAGCACAAGAAAAGCUGUGUUUAAAAAAAUAAUUUACUUCUUACUCAUUUUGUCCACCAGGUGUUGCUCCGUGUAAAAUGAAUAAUUUGACUCUUUUUUUUUUUUUUUUUUUUUAAAGAGACUUUAUGCAUGAAAUAAAUGUAAUUUACUGUACAGUACGACAGGGGACCCAUUUUUGUGUGACACCAGCCUUGUGUAGCCAGAGCUAUUGUCCCUCACCUUCCUGGAGUGCUAAAUUCAUCAAUCAAAAAAAAAACUUUUAAAGCAAUUUAUUCUAGUUUCUUUUAACAGCAUUUAUUCAAGAAUAGGGAUGUUCAGAGGUGACUGUAAUCUCCUUCUCUUAUUAAUACACGCUGUUUGUGCUUCAAUCAUUCGGAGUGCUUCUGGGUUCUGCAGCUCCUCCAAUAUCAAGUUCUUAUCAUUUUAAAUCUGCCUUUACCUGGCUGAGAGCUGCUGUGAUCUCGUCUAGAGAAUCCUAACAGCCGGGCGCUGGACUGCCGUCCUCACUCCAUGCAAGUCUAUAUAAAUGUAGAGUGGGCGGGGCUGGCAGAGUUGAAAGGUCACACUGUCACAUGAUGUGAAUGGAACACGCAAUGGCAGUUAGGAUUCUCCAGACCAGCUCCCAACAGAUCACAGCCAGGUAAAGACAGAUUGUAUAAAUAAAUAGAUAGAUAGAUAGCUAUCACACUGCAUUGUCGUUCUCCAGUGUUGUACACUUCCCACGAAGGAUGAUGUGGGAUGGAAAGACUUUGUGGAUUUUUUUUACAUUUUUACAGGACUGAAUGCAGAACACGGCUUCAGCUGUUUUCUCCCUGAUAGAUACAUGCUUGAAUACUUCUACUGGGAAAUGCAGCGAUGUGUUCAAUCUAUGAAGUGAUGCUAUAUCUAUACACACAGUGUUUUAUAUAGCACUGGAUUGACUUGGGUUGGGGCAGCUAUUGAUAUCUUGUAAUACUGAUAGAUUAUUGAUAUUGUGAACAUAGAAUCAAAUCUAAUUUUAAAUAAGAUAAUAUUGUGUGAUUAUAAAUGAAAAAGAAGUCUAAAGGAUGGAUGUUUUGAAAUAUUUGUAUUGUGUUUUAAUAGCAUUGCUUGCGCUUUGUGAUGCUGAUUAUUUGAAUUGCGGGUUUUCAAUGAUUGUCUCGUUAAUGAGCUCAUUGAGGUCACGUGGUAAGGUGUGUAAUGGUGAGGGGGCGUGUCUAUUCACUACAGACUGGCGAAGACCGUCUGGACAAAACGUGGUUUUGUUUUUAACUGUGUUCUUUUUAAAUAGUACUUAAUAAAAAA